AUGAUGGCUCAGGCACAUGAAUGUGCGUGGAAAAAAGCUGUGAUAACAGAUGUAAAGCUUGGGGCAUUAGCUCGCUUGGCAAUCAAAGUCUCCGAUCUCUAUGGUGAAUUUUUUUCUCAAUCAGAAAACAGUACUUACAUUCCUAGCUCUUGGAAACUCUAUGCUAAGGUAAAACACAAACACUUCAAUGCCGUUGCUCAAUCCUACAAAGCGAGCGAGUCACUCCUAUCAGGCCGGUAUGGAGAGGAGAUAACAAGGCUUAAACUAGCACAAACCUAUGCAAUGGAGGCUUGUAAUUUUUUAAACGAGGAUGACGCAACUGCUUCUGUAUUCGACAAACUUAAAAGUACAGUUUCAGCAAUACAGCAAACGAUUCAACAUGAUUUAGUUCGGGCUGAAAGAGACAAUAGUUCAAAAUAUAAAAUGCCUGUACUUGAGAUCGAGCAGUUAUCACCUAUUCUUCGAUCGGAAAUGGUGAAACCGGUAGUACCUGCCUUUAUGCACCACUCAGAUUAUUGGCUUAGUUUGCCUGAUCGACCAAACGAUAAACUUUUCAUCAAACGUCCUCUCUUUAAUCAGUUUAUACCAUUGGCAGUUCAUCAAGCAGCAACUGAGUACAAGAAUGAGAAAACAAAAUUGAUUGAAGACAUUAUUAAAUCAAAAAGCAGAGAUUUCAGUGAGAAUUACCAAAGGUUACUGGAAGACCUCAAUUUACCUUAUAGUGUAGAUAUUAUAGAUUCUGUACCCUAUAAGCUUGUGCAAUAUGCGGAAGAGGUGCAGCAUGAAGGCGGUAUACAAGCAUUAUUCGAUAUGCUGCAAAAAGUCAAAUCAAUGUCUGCUAAAAUUUCCAAGUUGUUGGAAAAAGGAUUCAAUGCACUUGAAAUGGAGAUCGAAGAGAAUGCAAGACUUAUGAAAACAUGGGGAAAAUGUAAGUGA